CCUUCUGCUUCAAAACUUUCUAGUUUUUCAAUUAUCUAUUUGCUGUUCUCUCUUUGCCCGUCCUACACGUAUGCUCCUUUUGCGGACCCUGCAAAGGACUCUCAGGUUUCCAACCACAAGAUUCGGCGUGAGAGAAUGUACGCAGAAUCCUAAAGGUUCCGCGAGAUAGCAGAUCACUCGCAACUAUGGCGUCCAAAACGGAGUCUUACAAGUUCAAUCACACGAUGAUUCGGGUGAAGGACCCCAAAGCGUCCGCCAAAUUCUACGAGUUUCUCGGUAUGAAAUUGAUCCAGAAGAUCGAGCAGCCUCAAUCUAAAUUCGACCUCUACUUCUUCGGCUACGACAGCCCAAAGGCCAACAGCCACGGAAAAUCGUGGUCUGACCGCGAGGGCCUUGUGGAACUAACGCACAACUACGGCACCGAGAAUGAUCCCAACUGCAAGGUCAAUAAUGGCAAUGAGGAGCCGAACCGAGGCUUUGGUCACCUGUGUAUCAGUGUCGAUAACCUCCAGGCAGCGUGCCAACGCCUCGAAGACGGUGGAUACAAGUUCCAGAAGAAGCUGUCUGAGGGCCGCAUGAAGUACAUUGCCUUCGUGCUCGACCCAGACGGAUACUGGAUUGAGAUUAUCGGCCAGAAACCCCUCGAGAAGACGGCAGAUAUCACCACCACAGACGUCGAGACAUACGUCCUGAAUCACAGCAUGAUCCGCGUGAAGUCGUCUUCGAGCUCGCUGCUUUUCUAUCAGGAGAUCCUCGGAAUGACCUUGCUGCGCACCGCCGAGAUGCCAGAGGCCAAGUUUAACGUACAUUUCCUUGGCUACCCCAACAGUGCGACAGGGGCGCAUCGCGAGGGCCUGCUUGAGUUGACUUGGAACUACGGCACCGAGGCCGAUGAGUCCUUCAGCUACCACAAUGGGAAUGCGGAGCCACAGGGGUUCGGGCACAUCUGCGUCUCUGUUGAUGAUCUCGACGCGGCUUGUGCGCGAUUUGACGAGGUCGGCGCAAAGUGGAAGAAGAGGCUCACAGAGGGCAAGAUGAAGAAUGUGGCCUUCCUGCUGGACCCAGACGGAUACUGGGUGGAGGUGAUCCAGAAUGAGAAGCUGAAGGAGCGGGCGAAGUGGUAAGCAUAUAUGGCGGGAUUGAAAGGUGCAUGGGCGAGAUGGGUGGUGGGGGCGGGCAUAACGAUGGCAUGCG